AUGUCUGCACAGCCCGGCCCGUCCUCUUGCCAGUCCGGCCCGUCUUCCCGCCAGUCCAAACACGCGGAGCGCAAGCGUGUGGAGAAGGGCUAUUUACUGUACGACAUUCAGCAACUCGCCAAGCAUGAGCUUGCGAGCCUGCCAGAGGUGCUUCAGCCUGGCAAGCGACUCAACGCACGUCUUUACAACGUCAUUGAUGCAGAGUGGGAGCUGAGGAGCAUGGGUCACGCCUCUGCUGUUCUCUCCAAGUCAAGCGCCUUGCCUGCGCAAGCCUUCCUCAACAGCCCAAGUAUGGCGCCAAUUCUGUCUGAGCUCGCCGUGGGCCUCACUUUCCGCCCAGGCGCCUGGAAAGACGUUCUCAGCAAGAAUGCCAAGCCUGGCCGGAGUCUCUACAUCCGCGAGGACCCCUUGCCGCUGACCCACAAGUGUCUUGAAGCGUAUCAAAAGGCGUUUCUGGCAGACAUGCCCUGGGCGCACCUCAUGAAGAAGGCAAUUGGCCCAUGGCCAUCUUGGUACUACAACGUACCUGACGGCCUUGGCCACGAGGCUGGGCAAUACAAGUACCGGGCAUCCAAGCGUACGCAGGACUGCAAGCGCGUCCUGAUUGCCCUGUGCUCGGGCACCAUCAACAGUGCGCAGGGAGGCUUUCAGGCGCGUUACAAGCCCACAAGAGAGCUGCGGCAGGCCGUCAAAGACCUCCUUGAUGGCAAUGGCAGCCAGACGGGCAGCAAGGAGCGUGGCAGCGAGCGUACAGCUAUGCCAGAGGAGCAGCCCACCAAGGAGCGGCCCGCAGUUGAGAUCAAUGACAAGCUCAAUGAGGACAAGCUCGACAAUGACAGGCUCGACAACGCCACCAUGCACAAGCUGAUGGACCAAGUCAAGGGCCGCGUCAAAGGCGCCGCCAGACGUGCUGCUGUGUUGGCCGGCAACUGCAGGCGCUUGCAUUACAUCCAAGGCAACGGCAACUGCCAGUUCCGCGCCAUUGCUGCCCAGCAUCUUGGCGACCAAGAGCGCUGGCACCAGAUCUGUGCGCAGGCGUGUCAGCACAUCCGCAACAACCUGCACAAUGCCAAUUAUGCUGCUCAAGCGGUGUCCAACUAUCCAAGCCUCAAAGCCUGCAGCCCACGCCCUUGA